AUGCUUAGGGAUGAGUCUGGAUUAUGGAUUGAAGAUAAACAUCAGUUAGAUGUUCUUUUAAAGAACCAUUUUGCUAAGAUCAAUACUUCUUCUGGUAGGCAAAUUAAUGGUGUCUUUAAUAAUAUCAUUAGUGAAGUUGUUACAGAAGAGGAAAAUUUAAAGCUAGUUAAAAUGUCAGAUGUGGAAGAGAUAAAAAGUGUUUUAUUUAGUAUGAAUCCUUGGGGUUCUCCAGGGCUUGAUGGCUAUCCACCUGGAGUUUUUCAAACCUAUUGGAAUCUGGUUGAGACUGAAGUGGUUGAAUUAGUUAAAAGAUUUUUGCAAACAGGGAAAUUGCCGGAUUCUCUGAAUGAAUCUUUUAUUUUUUUUAUUCCUAAGGUAGACAAUCCAGUUACUCCUGUGGAUUUUAGGGCGAUAAGCUUAAGUAAUGCGCUUUAUAAGCUCAUCUCAAAAAAUUUAUCUUUGCGGCUUAAAAAUGUUUUGAACAAAAUCAUUUCGCCGAAUCAAUAUGUUUUUAUACCAAAAAGGCAGAUUGUGGAUAACGUAGUCAUAGUGCAUGAAAUGUUGCAUAGUAUGGAAACGAGUAAAUAUAAAAAGGGCUACUUAGCACUGAAAUUAUAUUUAUCCAAGGCGUUUGAUAAAAUGAAAUGGAAUUUUAUCAUUUUUAUGUUUAAGAAUUUAGGUUUCUCUCAGAGAAGGUGUAACUUAAUAUAUGAAUGCAUUUCCACGGUUAAGUCAACGGUCUUAUUGAAUGGGAUUCCUGGAAUUCAGUUUUGUCCGACUAGAGGGCUUCAUCAAGGAGAUUCAAUCUCCCCGUAUCUGUUCAUCACUGCUUUAGAGGGUCUAUCAAGGGCUGAUAUAGCGGAGAUGCAGUGUUUUAAAUUUCCAAAGGUUGUUCUAGAUGAGUAUGAUAAGUUGCAAAGAGAUUUCUGGUGGGACAAAGAUAACCCGAAAAAUCCGUUCUAUCUGAAAGCCUGGGAUAGCAUUAGAGUUUCAAAAUAUGCAGGUGGUAUUGGGAUUAGAGAUCCACAUAUGGUUAAUGUUUCUCUUCUAGCUAAAUUGGGAUGGAGGUUAAUUCAUAAUCAAGAUGCUCUAUGGGUGGGUAACGGUCGAAGCAUUAACAUUGCUUUAGAUAACUGGAUAGCGGGCAUGGGUCCUUUAGCUGAUUGGCAUCAUAAUGAAUUGAAAUAUGUCUCUGAUCUUAUAAGGGAAAAUGGUAGUUGGGAUCGGAAUUUGAUUGAUUCAGUUUUUAAUCCUAUAAUUGCAAACAGAAUUAAAGCUAUCCAUAUUGAUAUAAAUAACCAAGAUAGGAUUAGAUGGGAAGGUAGAAGGGAUGGAGAGUUUUCAACAAAAUCAUCAUAUAACAUUCUGACUCAUGAAAAUUCUAGUAAUUUGGAUAAUUUUUUGUUACAUCUAUGGCGUCUGAAUUUGCUUCCUAGAGUAAUUUUGAUUGUAUGGAAGAUGGCGGCAGAUGUGUUGAUUUUAAGGUCAAAAGUAUAUGAUGUUUUAGGGCAUUUUAAUCCUUAUUGUAUGCUUUGUAUGAAUGAUAUAAGGGAGUCAUCGAACCAUCUUUUCAGGGAAUGCAGUUUUACUAGGACAGUUUGGUCUGGUUUGGGUUUUCAAAUGCCAAAUGGUACUAAUGAUUUUCUGUCAUGGGUGAAGUCUUGGUUUUCUCCUCCUUUGCAUGAAUGGAAGGAGAUUUUUAGUAUAAUAUGUUGGAAGAUUUGGAAGUAUAGGAAUAUGGUAGUGUUUCAAGGAGAAAAACCAAACCCAAUAGCAUGUAUUAACCUGAUUAAAAUUGCAAUUGAUGGAUGGGCUUUACUGAUGAAAAAAGAAAAUGUUGGUAUAUGUAAUAGGAAUUGUGUUAAUUCCAGAGACAUUAAUAAUAUAAUGUUGGCAAAUAGGAACACGAGAAGAAGUAUAUAUACAGAUGCUUCUUUUGAUAAGGAAACGGGUGAAUUUGGGGUGGGAUUGGUAUUGUGGAUUAAUGAUCGGAUUGUUGAUAUUAAAAUUUUUGCAGGAUUCACAACAAGCUCAAAAUGUGGAGAAUCCCUCGCAGUGAAAGAAGCUUUGGAAUGGGUGGAAGAACUGAAUCUGCACAAUGUUAAGGUGCUUACUGAUUGUAAGAAUGUGGAGAAUUUUUUGGGUAACAAACCUUCAAGUUGCGAAUGGAGAUCAAAAGGCAUACUGUCAUAG